CUGACAAGAACGAACUCGAUCACAAGCCACGACUCGAUCUCGUUAUCUCGUACCUGCUCUGCUGCAAGAAAGCUAGAGAGAGAGAGAGAGAGAGAGAGAGAGAGAGAGAGAGAGAGAGAGCUACUGCGGGAUGGCGGCGGGAAAGAAGCUCCGGAAGCCGUACACGAUCACGAGGCCGCGGGAGAAGUGGACCGCCGACGAGCACGACCGCUUCCUCCACGCCCUGCUGCUGUUUGGCCGCGAUUGGAAAAGGAUCGAGCAGCUCGUCGUCACCAAGACGGCCACGCAGAUACGCAGCCACGCCCAGAAGUAUUUCCUCAAGGCUCAGAAGCUAGGCCUCGCGAUGGCGCUGCCGCCGCCUCACCCUCGCCGUGCCCCCGUGCUUCCACGGCCACCCAGCUACCAAGACAACGCCGCUGCUGGUAUGCCGCCGCCGCAGUGGUCAUCCUCCGCAGCUCCGCCGCCGAUGAACUCCAUCGGCUGCACGGUUCCCUCCGGCGUGCAGCAGAGCGCGGACUGGGCGUGCGCCUCAGCUGGAGCUCGCUGGCCAGGCUGCAAUGGCGAACCAAGUGAAGCCUGGAUUGCUGACGCCAUGUUCCAGGACGAGGACGAGACGAUCCAGCUUCCGUUGUCGCCAGACGAUCUGCGCUUCGCUCAGGUGUACAGGUUCGUCGGCGACGUCUUCGGCUCCGGCGCGCCGCGGCCGGUGGAGGCGCAGCUGCAGAGACUGCAGGAGGGCAUGGAUCCCGUCGUCGUCGAGGCGAUAUUACUGGUGCUAAGGAAUCUUGAAGACAACAUAUGUGCUUAGGACUUUACCAUGACAUGGUUUCUUGACGGAGAAUAAGUGGCACAGAAUUGCAGGUCCAUGUUAAGAGAAUGAGUUGUACACGGU